AUGGAAGCCACGAAACUCCUCCGACAACGGCCUCUCACACUCACAUUUCUCCUCCCACUCGCACGCCCACACAUCCACUGCACGCGCCUCGCAACCACCAUCCCACACCGAUCCCCUCCGCACUCACAAACACAUACACGCCAUCUCUCCCUCCCCACCAUUCUCCAGCCCAGCUUCUGGGCCUCCAUGGUCCCCAAGCCCCUCAGAAACCGCGGCCACGAAACAUCCACACCCACACCCACACCUACAUCCACAUCUGCACAGGCAUCGCGGACAUGGAACCCGGCCACCCCUUUCAUCAUCCUGAGCUUACUCGUCGGUAGUCAGGCGAUCCAAGUGCUGUGGCUGAAGCAAGAGCGGGCGCAGAAUCUGAGGAAGGCGGAGGCGAAGAUUGGGAUUCUGAAGGAGGUUAUUGAGCGGGUGCAGAACGGGGAGAAGGUGGACGUGGAAAGACUGUUGGGGACGGGGGAUGCAGAGAGUGAGAAGGCUUGGGCUGAAGUGUUGAAGGACCUCCAGAACGAAGAAGCGUUAUUUGAGACCAAGAAGACCAGGCAGGAACUACGGCAGGCUGCGGAGGCUGAAGCGGAAGAUGCAAAAAAGGCUGGUGAUGAGGUCAAGGAACAAAAAGCAAGGGUCAAGGUUGAGAGUUUAGAUGGCGUGAAAUUUUACUAG